AUGGUCGUCUCAGAGCUCAGGUUGAAUUCGGAUACAUCGAUAAUCGAGUUCCCGACAAGCACCAAACCGCUUGGCGCAUUGGGCUUCACCUUCAGGAUGGUGAUGCCGGAGCGGUCCACCAAGAGCUGGGUGUUCGCAGAUGAUGUCUCCCCGCACGGCGCUGGAGCCCUGACGGUCCGCGUUGCUGCUGCCGUCGGCCUUCCGAUUCAACAACGGGUAGAUGUCGACGAAAGAGCUCGCCAACAUACCAAGCUCGUUGAUCUCAACGGGACGCAGGUGGCUCAUUUUGGUUCCGUACCACUUCUUCAGCGAGUAGGCGAAGCCUUGACGGGUCACCAGGGUGGCAUAGUUGGUCGCGAGCAUCGGGGUGGUGAGGGCUAG